CUGAGUUUUGACACACUUAAUGUUUUGUGGUUUGAGCUGAGGUUUGACACAUUUAAUGUUUUGUGUAUUGAGCUGAGUUUUGACACACAUAAUGUUUUGUGUAUUGAGCUGAGUUUUGACACAAUUAAUGUUUUGUGUAUUGAGCUGAGUUUUGACAAAUAUAAUAUUUUGUAUGUUGAAGUUGAGUUUUAAAAUCACUUAAAAGUUUAUUUGUGUUGGUGCAUAAUCACAUGAGAAUUGAAUUAAUGCAAGCUUUUUUGGCUUGCUUCCCCAUCUCCAUUACAUGUACAUAUGAAAUAGGUAUAUUGUAAACUGUUAAUAUCUAGUAAAUAUCAGAACCUCCAAGUUUUAAUCUCUGCUGAUUCUGAAGUUAUGUACAUAUAUGUAGUCUAUACACGGUACACGUAGAUCGAGUUGUAGAUAAUCAUAUCGCGAUCUACACUGUAACAUCUACUACUACCACAAUUAAAUUGAAAUUAUCGCUGUCAGAGAAUAAGCUAGUUAGUUGUUAUUUUGGGGUGGGUGGUCAUUUAGUUUACUACAUGUAAUACCCGAGUCUAAUACCGUAUAACCGAGUUUUUUGUUUUGGCGGGAUACAAAUUUGGUGAAUUUAGGUCUACAAGGUAUAACAUUAAGUUUGGCGGAUAAAAGUUUGGUCAGCUUAUUUUUGUCAUUUUUUUAAUACUAUGUAUAUGUAUACUGAUGUACUGAAAUUUAGAUCUAGCGAUUUUUAUUUACUAGGCUAUUUUUUUUUUUUUUUUUUUUUUUGAAAUCUCAAAGAUAGGCUGAAUUAUAUAACCGCCAAAAAUGGGGCUGUACGGUAUAACCAUAUUGAACGAAUAUUAGGGAACCCCCUAGGAAUUCAAAGAUAGCUGAAUUUCACUUUUAAUUACAUAAAGCCACAAAGAACGAAAUGAGAUGUGAUUAAAUGAAAACGUCUAGUGAGCAAAUGUUAUAAUACGAAAUAUACAUCGAGUGUCACCAAUUUCCAUGAAAAAGAUCCUACACACUGCGAGCAGUUUCAUAAAAUGAUAUCGUAACCGUUUUAAUACACGCCAGUGUGAUAAGCAUGAGAUAUUUCACGGUUGUGAGUAAAUCAAACUAUCUACGCCUUUAAUACAGAACACAAAAAAAUCUGUCAUAGAUAGUAAACUGAGACAGAAAAAGUUUUAUCUUGCACUUGGUUACAAGCGCGAAAGUCGAACACCUCACAGUAGUCGGAUAUUACACCGGUAAGUUGCUCUCUAGUGAUAAACGAUAGCAAUAAGAGAGGCAUGCAUCUCAAUUUAUUUCAGUCUUGGUGCUUUUGAUGCAAUGAAUUCGUUAUGAACAACGGCUACACUGUCUUCGGGGAUGGAGGAAUAAACCACUGUCUUUUGUAUAUAUACUGUAAGAGAUGCGCGGUCUCACGAUGCAUUGAGAAAAUAUUGAAUAUCGACAACGGUCCUGCUUGGCGUGUAGUAUAAUCUACAGGUUUAUAAAGAAAUAAAUUUGCCCAUUAGAUCAGUGUUGAGUAUAGCACUGGACGACAAAUAGAUUCUCAGCUUGGUUCCAACAUGAACCUAAGUAACUUGACAUCUGACCAGUACAGGGGCCCCAGUGGUCUGGAUUUACCCUAUGCCGUGGUGACAGGACUCGUAUUGUUUAGUAUUUCAUUCAUGACUGUUUUUGGAAAUCUUUUAGUAUUACUUGCUGUGGCUAUUUAUAAAAAUUUGAGGCACACGACGAACUAUUUCAUUGUUAACCUGGCAUGUGCGGACCUUCUCCUUGGCCUCUCUGUUCUACCGUUCUCCGCUACCCUGGACAUUUUAGGGUACUGGCCUUUCGGCCGAAUCAUGUGCAUAUUUUGGACCUCCGUGGAUGUACUGUGGUGCACGGGAUCUAUAAUUACCCUGUGUGUUAUCAGCGUGGACCGAUACAUUGGGAUUACCAGACCCCUACAACACGGAAUAAUUAUGUCUGAAAAACGAGCGUGUUGGAUUAUCUCCCUUAUCUGGAUCGUUUCGUUUGCGAUAUCUAUUGGACCAGUAUUCGGUUGGCGACACGAUCGGAAAUUGGUACAUACUUAUUGUCAUGUGAACAGAGAACCCGCUUAUGUUUUAUUUUCAGUCACCGGGUCAUUUUAUAUACCAAUGUUCAUUACAGUUUUUGUCUACAGUCGCAUUUUCAAAAAAGUGAGCAAACAUACCAAAAAUUUACAAAGAGGGGAAGCAACUGCGUCUUUAGGAAAUGCGUCCUCGAAAAAAGUUAAACUUCGUAUUCAUACCGGCCGGUGUAAUAGCAACACACCUUUAAAUGGAAGCUCAAAACAGAACAUGUCAGAGCGUUUAAUUAAAUUCAACAAGGAGAAAAAAGCCGCCAAGACCCUGGGAAUCGUCGUGGGGGUGUUUAUUUUGUGCUGGUUCCCGUUCUUUUUUGUCCUGCCUUUAGGUGCGUUGUGCAGUCAAUGUUCCCCUCCAGAGGAUUUGUUUAAAGUGAUAUUCUGGCUGGGAUAUUGUAACUCCAUGAUGAAUCCCGUGAUCUACAGCUUCUCAAGUAGAGAAUUCAAACGUGCCUUUCGAAACAUUCUGAGCUGUAAAUGCAGAAAGUCCGACCGAUUAAAGCAAAUCCACAAAUAUUCAUUCUACGAUCACAACGAGCGAUCAAACAGCAAUUUAUCGAAUCAGAAUGAUAGAGCAAGAUCAUUUAGAGUCAACAGAAGUGAUGGUUAUCUUAAAGGAAGAAAAUCUGACAGUGAAGCAUUGAGAUCUCGGAACACCGAACCCGAUUUUAAUUACACCCCACCUCGAAAAAGUUACCUCGUUGCAAACCCUCCUAGCUUUGACAGCGAUUCCGCAUCAUUGAGUGAUAAUGUACUAGAAGAAUUACGUCAAGAGCAAAAUAAGUCGACGGCGGAUGAGUAGAAAAAAUAAAAUGAAAGGCGAAGAUCACAAAUUUAUAUUAUAUAAGGAAAACACUCACAUCGAAUUUAUGUGAUAAUUAUUUAAUGUAUUCCUAUACUAGUUUACUUUUAUAUUAAUUGAUCUUUGUAUUUCGAAGCUUGUUACACAUAACCUAAAUCUGGAAAUGCCUUUACAAAAUUCCCGAAUUAGACGAACGUUGUUUUUUUUUUUUUUUUUUGUAGCAUAAAAAGGGAUUUCAUUCAUACUUCCCACCAUACUUUACUUGAUCCAUUCAUACCAGCCUAAAUCUAACUCCUUUUUGCUUGUUCGUGAAAAUGAGAAUUCUCUCUGUGUAGCAAUCACAGACAUGCCAUUUAUGUGUGUUUUUAAUUUUUUUUCAAUUUAUCUAUUUUGCUAACGUACACGAGCCAGUUUAAAUAUAACACAUUUCUUAAGAAAUCAAUAAAUAAAUACUAUUCCUUAGUAUACCUGCAUGCCAAAUUGCUAUAAAACAUCUGUAGCACAAAUGAUCCGAUUCAAGGCAGGCCUGUAAGCGCAUACAUUUCCAGUCCAUAUUUUAUAAACAGUAUGCAUUUUCUGAUGCGUGUUUUUCUUCUCUCCCAUACCUUAAUGUAAUAUCUAUUAUUUUGGGACAUAGUAUGAAGAAAUAGAAAAAAACAACAUAUGUAAUACAAUCUUGAAGCCAAUUUGCUGUAGGAAGUUGAUCUUUAGUUGUGAAAUAAAUUAGAAUUUAUCAGAGGGACCUGAUAUAUAUAUAUAUAUAUAUAUAUAUAUAUAUAUAUAUAUAUAUAUAUAUAUAUGCAUGUAUGUGAUGUGUGUAUAUGUUUGUCUGUGAAUAAAUGAAUGAACAUAA